UCUGUCACCAUGCGGAGACCAUAGAACGGAGCGCACGAAAUGAGAAGAGUUGCGGACACGGCCAAGGCGUGUCACUUCUUGCAGAUAACGUUUGAAAUUCGAAUUGCCCCUUAAAAACUUCAAAUUCAAUGAGUUCGUCAUCCGUGGAAUCACAUACUUUGGCAGCUGAAUCGCAGAAUUAUACUUUCUUUCAAUCUGGACGAGAACUGGACAUGAAGGCCAUUAAUUUGUGUUUGCAAGACCAGGAGUACAUUGGGAACAUAAAGAAGGUGCAGGUUUAUCUUGAUAAGAUGAAAAAGAUUGUGAGACCAGGUUGUUCACAAGAAGUCCUGGAUGUGGCUGUGAGUUCCAUGUCCUCACUUGUCAGAAUCCUGUCGGUGACGUCUCCCACACCCAAACCACAUGCCUCGCUUUGAACAGACUUCCUCGCUAAUGUUGUGUUGUGAUGCUUGAGAAUUAAGGCAGGGGACCAGGGUAGAAGGUUGUUGCUACUAUAUAUUUAACUUUUAGUGGUUAAUGCCCUUGUUUACCAGAAUUCAUGUAAAGAGCAGUUUAAAGAAUUACCCGUGUCCUUAAAUUUGCCUAUUUGAAAUAUAUGAAAUUGUAAUAUAUUUUCAAACUUUAAUGCUUAGAAUAUGGGGAAAUAUGCAAAUCACUUCCCAAUUAAUGACUUUUCAAAUGUAUGAUGAAUCCAUUCCCUGCCUUUUACUUGAUAUACU